UGUCAAGUCAGAGUGGGCGAGCUAAACAGAGGUCCGUAUGAUUGAGGAUAUUCUCGGGCAGGCAGGAUCCGCACGGUCACCCGCCCUGUGAGCAAUGGUACAUAGACCAGCGAAAAAACACAGAUUGCUCCAUCAUGGCUACAUUAUUGGAACGUUUGAUUUUCCUACAAAAAGUGCCAACGCUUAUGCGGGCAACAUCAGAUGACGAAUCGCCUUGUCCCGGCUAUCUUUUUGAGGAAAUCGGCAAAAUUUCCCAUGAGUCAGUGGGCUGCUGCCAGUGUCUUCUCGAGUACCUCUUGGAGAGACUACAGGUGGAGUCCUGCCACGUCAAACUUAAGGUCCUGAAGAUUCUCCUGCAUUUAUGUGGCCAUGGACCACCUCACUUCCUCACAGAGCUACGGCGGAAUGCUACAUUUAUACAGGAAGUAAUAGUCUACAGCGGCCCCCCGGACCCCAUCCAUGGAAGUGCUCUUUUUCAGAAAGUCAGAAGCUCGGCACAGGAGUUGGCUAGCCUACUAUUUAAUGAUACCAUGUCCUCAGAUUCUGGACUGUCUCAACACAAAAAACUGACACAUUCUGUGGGAAUGGGCUCAGAGUCGCACAGGUCUGGCAUGCAGGGGUUUGGAUACAGCCCAGGAAGGAAAGAGUCCAGUGGAGGCACUCUAUUGGACAAGAUUCAGAAAGCUGCCGAGGUGGUUGCCAGCGCUGUCCUUCCUCCAACAGAGCAUCCUGGCAUCCGUCUCCAUGAAAACCACUACCACGCUGUGGUGGCGCCCUCUGCUACUGUGGAGAUGGCAGUGCCAGCAUGUGCCUACAACAUCCCAUCCCACGGCCACAGAGCAUCCCACAGGUCUCCAGGGCAUGCUGGUGGAGGCUGGGAGGAAACGGACAGUGGGCACAGCUCGUCCCAGGAGACUGCGGAAGCCAGCCAGGCCUCGCUGGGAAGAAGCAGUAAGUCGGGCAGCCACUCCGGGGCGAGUCGGGAGAGUGGGGACCUAUCGGAACGGGUGGAGGCCAUUCAGUUGGGCGACUGUGGUCAGGAGACGGCGCUUAUCAACCGACUGACCAAUGGAUCCAAAGUCUUCCUGUCCAGAGAAGAGAGCCAGUACUUCAUCAAAGAAUGCUCAACUCUCAACUGUGAGGUGGUUGUUGAACUUCUCUCUCGCAGACUUCAGGACCACACACAAAUCAUCCAGAUGAGGGCGUUGUGUGCUCUGGCCUGCCUGAUGUCUUCAGACUUCCUCUCUCUAGAUCAUAUUUUCAAUAUCACACACAAACGCCUCGGACAACUUAGUGACGGAACCGCAGGCCCUGUCUCCAACAAGGCAACCAAGCUCCUAAGGCAGUUUGAGGCCUUGCUUGAUUGUGUCACAAAUCCCAGGUGUGACCGUGCUGGGCGUCCAACCUUCGCCAGCUCUUCACUUUCAGACCAGCCCUCUGAAUCUAUGACCAUCCCCUUUGUUCCAGGACAACUUGGAGAAAUCGCAACCUCGGUUAUCCCAUCAGAGGAGACCCCAUCUACACAAUACCCACAGGGUAACAGCGCUGCACCUGGGUCUCAUAUGACAAGAGAGCAAGAAGAGGGGGGAAACAGAAACACGAACACCUCCAAGAUCUCAGAACCACUCAGACUGUCGCUCUUCAGUGGAAUGGAGCUAGUGAACAGAAGCAAACCUGUGUGUUUGGUUGAGCCUGUUCCUGUCGAGUCAGACGCCCAGACAAGUGUAGAAGCCACUCCAGGCAUAGACUGUGCGAGUGAGAAAAGCUGUGAGAGAACUGCAGGCUCACCCACAUCAAGUGAGCAAGUGUCUGCCUUCUCCUUCCUUAAUCUCUGAUGCCAACUUUCAUUUACGGUUGUGUACUGACAUGGGGGGAAAAACCCUUCCAUUCAUGUUCACAUGAUUCAGCCUAUGAGUGAUUUCUUCUUGCACAGAAUCAGCUUUGCAGUGAAAGACAUUUUUGAAUGGAAUGAUUAACAACCCUGUGAUAUUAAGAAUAAUAAUGAUAUUAUUAUAAUUGCUGAAAGUGACUACAUUUACAUGCACAUGCAAAUUUUAGUCUGCAGUAACAUGAUCACAAUGACCCGAUUAGACCAAUAUUCUGGUGGUUUCCAGAAAUCUGAAUAGAGACCACUGGCUGAUGCUUGUAUUAAUCAUAAUUUUGAGUCACUUAAACACCUUGUUAGGAAAAGCUAACGUUUAUUUUUUAUUUUUCACAGAAACACUAAAAUAAGAAACUUACCGACCACAAACUUUUGAGAGGUAGUGUACAUGUUGCAUGUCAAUGUGCUCUUGAUGAGUUGAUGUCAAUAUGCUGAAUUACUAA